CGUUUCAGGAAAGCUGGCUUGUGACUCCCUCACGACGAAUGCAACGGACAGUGUGACCCUGCUUGGGUUCAAACCUGGUGGGUCAGGUCACAGGAAGUGGGUGAUCUCUCAUGGUUUUUUUUCUGCUUAAGGGACACCUCCUUGACGCGUGACUGCUGCUUUAGCGUUCGGUAACUGAAAUCAGAUAGGGAGCGAAAAGGAAAAUUGAAAGAAUAAAGGAAUACUGAAAACGUGAAGCGUCGAUUGGAGGCAAUGGACGGGGACGAUCAAGGCCAAGGACUCAGUUGCUGAAUCAUGUCGUGCUUGAGAGGCCUCCGAUUGUGGGGGAAGCGAAGAGCGAGAAGAGCCGGUGGUCGUGGAUCUCCCGCAGUUUACGAGGAACUGCCUACGCUACACGCCUAUUAGCUACUUCCGCGAAAGAAACUGUCAGAAGAUCCAUCAACUUUUGCGAAGGUCCAGUCGUCUCACUUGCACCAGGAUGCGUGGGAAGGAGAAUAAGCCACCCACCACUCACUUUGAUGCCCACUUCUGCACUCCAUAUUCACUUCAAUUUCCACUUUGAAUUUGAUCCGGUCUAGGGUUCAACUUCGUGGGAAGAUGCUGUUGGUUGAUAGUUCAGGUUUGUUGAAGAGUGGAGUGGGGUUGAAUUGAGGGUGUUUUUGGAUUAGUGAACUUGUUGGGGUUCAGGUGGGCUGGGUUGGCGAUGGCGGUGGCCAUGGCGAUGGGAGCCUCGGUGGAUGUGAGCCGUGGAACGCGAGGCGCUGGGUUGUGUGUGAGUUCUGGUAGCCCUUAUCAAGCACGUGGACUCGGACUGGUGGUUUUGUCGUUUCCCCGAGCACUGAGAUCCUAUGACCUCAACUCUCGAUGCCGGCGACAGCCACGGAGAGGCCUUGCAGUGCUUAGAGCGUCCAACAACAAUGGUCCUGAAUUCGACGACCAGGACAAGAACGAAGGAAAGAAGGGAUCAGUGGACUGGGACAAGGCUUGGGAGAGCUUCCCCAAGCCCAAGAAGCAAAACCCAUGGACAAAUCUGUUGAAAAGCUUGAACAUAGACAUGGAGCAAUAUGUGAACCGACGUCCAACACACUCCAAUUUCCCACUGUCGGAGGAGACGGAUCCCAUGCGCAAGACAGAGAGGAAGGCAUUGGAUGCGUGGACAGAUCCCAAGUUCACUCUGGCUGGCGUGGGUGUCGUUGUGGGGCUGUUUGUUUACAUGGUGGUGAUCGUCGGACCUCCGCCAUCUUGAGAUUGAAAUCUAGAUUGUAUUGCAUUUUGUCUCAUCAAAUAACCCACUUUUUUGUCUUGAGGCACAAUUGAUACACGAAGGAAAAUCUUACUUUGCUGUGUGCUUUGUUAACUUACAAAUCUGAAUAUAGUGAUGUAAGUGUAGAUUUAUUGUACAUAUAAUCAGGGGGGCAGUGAAUUUUGUUGGUGUUACUGACAUUUUUAUAUGAAAAUUAUUAUUAGUAUUAUUAUUAUGUUUUAUGAUUUUCAACGAU